CGCGCUUUGCAUGGCGGGUUUCUGACGCUUGCGUUACGUAGCGUAUGGUAACCUAUCAUUCAUCAUUUUAUUUCUCCCGUAAACGUGGUCAUACUUUUUGGUCAUGAUCAAUCGAAAUAAUUUUAGCGUUAAAAUUCAAAGCUGAGCGGAAUUUUCAUGUAUGAAUGCUGUAGUAAAAAAGAGAAUGGUUCAUAAUCCGACUGAUGAUAUUGAUUUAAAAGUGUCAACACUUGAUCCAGAUAUACAAAUUGGAGAAGUGUAUAAAGUUUUACGAUCUACUGGUCAAUACUAUCCUGCCGCUGUAAUUGAAGGUCGUAUAGAUGGUAAUGGGAAUAAAGAAUAUUAUGUUCAUUAUUGCAAUCACGACCGUAGAUUAGAUGAAUGGGUUACAUCUGAACGAAUUGACUGUUCUGCAAAGCUUAAAAUUCCAUGCGAGUCGUCUCUUAACCAGUUAACAGAUUCUGCUGGGUGUGAUGUCCGAUUUACCAGAAAUCAGAAACGCAAGUUGGAAGAAACUUCCAAAGUUCUUCAAGAAAGUGACUCUUUAGACUCUACUACGCAAAAAUUGGAGCUUGAAUAUCAAGAAUUUACUCGAGUGAAAUUUAUUGAUCAGAUACAAUUUGGCAAGUACGAAAUUGACACAUGGUAUUUUUCACCUUAUCCCGAAGAAUUUAGACAAGUGAAAAAGUUAUGGAUAUGUGAAUAUUGUUUAAAAUAUAUGAAGUAUUCAGAAACAUGGUUAAACCAUAUAAAAUAUGAUUGUAAAGCAAAACGACCUCCUGGUAAAGAAAUAUACAAUCAUGGAAAUCUAUGCGUUUUUGAAUUAGAUGGCAAUGUACAAAAGCUUUACUGUCAAAAUCUAUGUCUGUUGGCCAAAUUGUUUCUAGAUCAUAAAACACUUUAUUAUAAUGUCUCACCAUUUAUAUUCUAUGUUCUAUGUGAGAUAGACAAUGAUGGAGUACAUCUUGUUGGUUAUUUUUCCAAGGAAAAAGUAUCUGCUGAUAAUUAUAAUCUUGCAUGUAUCUUAACUUUACCACCAUUUCAACGUCGUGGAUAUGGUCAUUUCUUAAUUAGUCUCAGUUAUGAAUUAGCUAAAAUUGAACAAAUUGUUGGUACACCAGAGAAACCUCUCUCUGAUUUAGGUCGUUUAAGUUAUCGUAGUUAUUGGGAAAAGGUGAUAUUGAAUUUUCUAUUAGAAAAUCCUAAUUGUACAAUGAAUGAAUUAAGUACAAAAACAUGUAUUGCCAUUGAUGAUAUUAUUUGGACAUUACAAUAUCAUCCAAUUAUUAAUAAUUGGCAACAUGGUCAUCAGAUAUGCCUACAUCGUGAUACUAUACAACAAUAUUUGAAUCAAUUAAAUGAUGAACAUUCUAUGAAAGCCUUUCGUACAGAUGGUAAAGAACAACGGAAAAAUCGUAAAUUGAUGCACAAAAACUCUUUUGUAUUGGAUAUCAAUCGAUUGAAAUGGGAUCCACCAAUUAAAUCAUCACAGAAUAACAAAGAAAGUCAAAUAAAAAUACUCAUCACAGAAACAAAACAAAGUCUGGAUUCAACUUCUAUUUAUUGAAACAUUUACGAUUCCUCUAUCAUGGUCCACAGUUCACCAGCAUCUGUAUGAAUAGCAUCAGUGCUUAUUCGAUAACUCACGUAGUAUCCAUCCUUGAAACUCCCAAUAUGACAGAUUUCCACUGAGAAACAAUGUUUCAAAAGAGCUUCUUCGAUUUGUACAGUUUUGGAAAAUAAACUAGAUUGCAAACAGAGCUGAUCGAAUAUUUCGAUCUAGUAUAUAACACAUCCACAAUGUUCACUGACGACACCACCAAAGUUCGUUCAUAAUAAGUUCAGGUUUCAUAUUCAAUAGGUCAUUUUACCAACACUUAGAGUAUUCAGUGGUCCAUGUUCCCAGAUUAAUGAUCUGUUAAACAUAACAACUAACAUUUAAAAUAUAGGCACUGCAAAAUAGCGUGAAACAAAGAAAUCUACAUAACACUAUAUACCAUUAUAAUUCAAUGUUGUCGUGUAUUUCCGAUUUCAAAUGAGUUCAAAUCAUUUAUCUUUCGUUUAAAAUGAACAAGUUCACAAAAUUAAAGAUCAAAAGAAAUUGACUGAAAUGUAUCUCUGUAUCUCUCAACAAUAAUAUACUUCUUCGUAACCAAUGAUCUCGUUUUCUAAAAUAGUGAAAUCUCCCGAUCCUCUUACAUUUUCAUCAAACGUAACUGUAAUAAGAAACUUGAGAUUAUUCAAACUCAAUAGUAAUGAAAACCAACAAGCAUACUGAAAUAUGCUCACCACUCGAUUGUCAAUCUCAAAAAUCACAACUGACAAUGAUUUAUGUGGUAAGAAACCAUCGAAUGUGUACAAGUGAAUUCUACUCUCCAAUAAUCAUUUCCAAACAUUAAUCUAUUACUCAAAAAUGUUGUUACAUUUCACUUAUCACUCUCCACAAUACAACACAUUUCAUCAUUAUGUGGUAGUUGAUCCAGAUCAAUAUUCUGAUCACUUGAGGUCGGUUCAGCAAACAUCAAUAAUGUGACUUGUCAUAUUUCAAUAUUAUCUUGAUGUGCUGAUGCCGUGUAAUUCAUAUCAAUUCCGAUUGCAUAUUCUAAUAUCAGAGACACUACCUAGAUCAUCAAGUGUUUGCCAACUUAUGCCUUUUGUCGAAAUACAUAUGUUCUCUCGUUAACUCCCAUCUCCUCUCUACUCACAACCCUGAAAUACUAAUCCAUGAAAUGUUCUUGUAACUGGUGUCCACUAACUAAUUACACAAAAGAAACAUUCACACUCAGAGAAUCUCCCUUCGAAAUUACAUAAUUAACACUGAUGUAAAGAAGAACACGUAACAAAGUAUGUUUGGUGAUAUAAGAAUAAAACGCACAUACACACACACAAACGCACGCACACAAUUUUGUACAAUUUUCAACGCAUAACUACUUCGCAACUAUUAGAAAUUAAUAAAUUAAACCAAUAAAAAAAUGGGCUACGUAUUUCUGACAUUUACAAUUAAAUACACACUAUAAACAAACAAACAAACGUUGUAUUUUAUUUUAAACAAAUUCACAUGGGAUAUGAUGAAUCCAUAUUGAAUUAUUGAAACGGUAUGCACAAAUAUAAUAAAUAUGAGAAUGAAUAAAUUUUAUUGACUAAUAAAUAUUGAAAUAAAAGAAUAAUUAAUUAGUCUAUAGAUCAUAACGACGAGAAAGUAAAUAGAAAGUAAUUCGGGAACUCUCACACACACACACACACACAUAGACACACGACUAACUGGGAAAUAUUCAACAACAGAAUGCAUUCAUGAUACAUUCAAGAUAUGUAUAUGUAUAAAUGGAGUCCUUUCAAUAGUUUGUCUAUUUUCUCUUGUUGCUUACAUUGUGAAUUAUUGGUCUUUCAAUAUUAAUUAAUGACUAUUAUUUGAGUGUUGAAUUUU